AUUUUUUUCUCUUUUUUCUUCUAUUUAUUCACUAGCUGUAACUAUGACGAGUAGCACACCAAUAAAGACAGCAUAUGAUGAACGCAUCGUAGAAAAGAAUAAUGAUACGACUAGUAUUUCGUUAAGUAACAGAUCAAUUGGGGAAGAACAUGUUUAUUUUGAAGAUAAAACCAGCCUUUCGGCUUGGUUACAAACAGCAGUUUGUGUAGCUGUGAAUGGUUGCUGUGCAAUUAUGUGGAUGACAUCCUCUAGUGUACCUGCUGUUAUGUCGGAAUGGAUGGGUACUUCAUUAACUCAACUGAAUUGGCUUUCUAAUGCUUCAGCUAUUUGCAACACGUUAUUUUCGUUACCCACAGCUUGGGUAUAUGAAAAAUACGGUAUCAAGAAUUCGAUUAUAGUAUGCGCCGUAUUUAAUGCUAUUGGCUGUUGGAUACGAUGUAUUGCUAUUGUUGUACCAAAUGACAAAAAGUAUACGCUCAUCAUGCUAGGACAGCUUGUUUCAAGUAUAGCUGGACCAUUGGUUUAUAAUGUUGCCGCAAAGCUUGUAGCUCUUUGGUUCGCUCCUAAAGAUCGUGGCAUUGCCAACAUCAUUUUAUCUAUCCAGAUCGGAAUGGCUCUUGCUCCUCUUAUACUUCCUAUCAUUGCUCCUAAUGUACAAGAUGUUCCAAGAAUGUUGAUAAUUGUUGCAAGUUUUGCUACUGUAUGUGCACUCCCAACAUUUUUCUUACCGAGUAAACCUAAAAAUCCUCCAUCUGCAAGUGCUAUGUUAGAUCGAACACCCUUUUGGAAAGGUGUAAAGCAGGUAUGUAAAAACAUGCAAUUCUGGUGGGUUGCAACCCUUGCAUCUGUAACUAUUGGCAUGGUUUUUACCAUUUCGGUCCUUGUAAUCGAAGCUAUAACACCAUAUGGGUACACUGAUCAGCAGGCAGGAUUAUGUGCAUCAGUUAUUGUCAUCAGUGGAUGCUUUGGAGGAGGACUCACGGGGUACUGGCUCGGGAAGAGCCCACAACACUUUAUGCUGAUAAAAACCUUUACACCCCUUGUUAUUUUCACGUACGUCAUGUAUAAGUUCGAAUUAAUUCCUAACGCAUUUCCAACUGUUUUAAUUGCUUGCAUUUUAAAUGGAUUUUUCUCUUAUGCAUUAUUUCCUGUAUAUUUAGAGCUUGCUAGCGAGAUCACAUACCCAGUAUCGGAAUCCAUUAGUUCUUGUAUUAUUUGGAGCUUAUGUACAAUGACCAUGCUAAUCUUUUCCGUCAUUAUCGAUGCAUUAAAAGCCGGACCAGACGCAAAUCCCCCAAAUAAUAUGAAUACAUCUAUGCUUGUUGUUCUGGGUAUAGUAAUUGUAGGAAAUUUGCCUAGUAUCUGGAUUAAAGGGGACUUGAAACGACUACUGAUAGAUAAUAAAAAAAAUGGCGAUCAAUGCUAAAUCUCACUACU